ACAUGCUCUUUUAUCAAUGAUUUUAAGCACAUACAUACCCUGGGGAGUCAUAUGAAACAAAAAGUUAUACAUACAUUACUUUUCUUUUGAUUUACAUUAAAUUUUCUAUAAAAUGAUCACAACAUUUUCUUAGAAUUUUUAAAAAAUGUACAUAUUUAAAUUAAGCACUUAAUUAAAAAUUUAAGCAUCUGCACAAUGCAAUUUUCUUAAAGCUUAUAAUUAAAUUUAAAAAAGUCUACUCUAUUAGGAUUCAUAUUGCCAAACAUAUCGAAUACAACUGUUAAUUUCAAUUAUAUAUGAAUAAAUUCCUAGAAGCUAAUUUGUUUGUAACACAGACAAAGAUAAAAAACUGCUUAUAAGUGUCUUUAAUAAAAUAAUAACAGAAUCAAACUACACACCUAUAUACUGUGUAAUACUUAAAGCCAUGUUAACAUGACAUGCUGAAACACACGUUAAGAAGCUUUCUGUAUAAAUAUUGAAAAGGAUAAUAAAGAAUAUCUAAAUUUAAACAAGUUUUUUUCUUAUUCUUUUUUUAACAAGCUUCAAACAAAAAAUUUUCAUGAGAAGAUUUAUUUUAGAUUUAAAUUUAAAAAUAUUUAAAACAGCUUGAAGUAGCUUAAACAAAUUUAAAACAAAAUUGUUGCUAAACAUAAAUAGAUUUAAUUACAUGAAUUUGCAAAAGACCUUUUGCAAAGCACUUAAAAAUAUGCUUUAAAUUUAUAGUUAGUAUUAUGUGCAGCAAACAGGAAAAAUUAAAACUGAAUUAAUAAAAUUUUCUACAAAUUACGAAAUUUUAUAACUUUCUGUUUGUUUCUCCUUUGUUUUGGAUAUACGAUAAAAAACAUAUUUAUUUUAAAAUUGAUUUAUUUACCUGCAUUGUUUCUGUUUUUCUCUUUUUUCUUGUCUUUUAAACUAAACGUCCUCAACAUUCCCAGCAGCAGCUACAGAUGCAUAGUUGUUUUAGCAGUAAUAGCAGUUACAACAAAUAUUGUCUUGGCGGUAGGGCCAGCGAAUGUAAUCGUAAUUUCAACAAUGACUAUAAUGAAAAACAUCAACAACAGCAUCCUUACCAGCAUCAUCGUUCUUCUUCAUCCUCCAAUUUCUCUAAUGGUACUACCACAAGUCGACUGGGAGCGGGAGGAGGCAGUGGUCGUCAAUGGCAGCAUGCUAAUGGCGCUGGGAAUCGUGAUGAGAAUGACGGACCUAUUGCUGCUGUCGCCACAUCCAACACCUGUCAUAGUGGUAGUUCGAAUUUUCGUACCGAUGUUGUUCGCCAUCCAUCUUCAUUAUUUUUACGCAAUAAACCCACUACUUUUAAGGCUAUAGUUGCAUCGCCAACUAACGAAUGUAACAAUGAUAAACUACACAUAUCACCUCAUACACAACAGCACCAAAGCUCUACUUUGACCACCUCAUCGUCAGCUUUGCUAACGGCCCACCAUCAGGAAACAAAUAACUAUUGGCGUUCAUCGCAUGCUGGUAAUGCGAAUCUAAUGGAUAGAUCACUCUUACGCAAUCAUGACGUCACCGAGAGAUUCAGUACUCUAAGUCUUCCUACAACCUCUGCUUUACUAUUUAGUAUUUUAUAUCAUGACCAUUUAAUAACAUUGUUCAAUAAUAUUAUACAGUUCAACAGAACUAAAACGAAGCCGCGUAUUGUUAUUUUUUAAGAUAGUUUAACUUUCUGAAGACUGAUAUGUUACCUUGUAUAAAAUAUAAUAUUCAUUGGGAAAGAUAGGCAUAGGUACUGAUCUUAAAAAUAUUAGUAAAUUUAAGAAAAUAAA